AAGUAGGAAGCAAGAGAGGUUAAUAAUAGGAUAGUUUGGUUUGAUUUUGACCUUUCAAAGCUGCCUCAUUUUAAGACAAGUGCCUUAAUUCCAUUAGAUCAUUUAACUGGCAGCAUAUAUAUAGUUUUGUUUGUUAAUUAAUUAGCUUUAAUGUCCUAAACCAAAUCCAACUUCUUGUCUCUAAUUCCCUUACUGCAUUUUCUUUACAUUUUUCAGUUCUUGAUCUUGUGAGUAAAAAACUUGUUCAGACAGCAAGAAAAUUUAUAUUAUUACUAUAAAUAGAAGAUUACCCAGUUGACUCAGUAUACCUAUUUUAUAAGUAAUCAUGCAAGAAUCAAGCUGUCUCCAUGCUUAUUUUUCUUCUGCAAUAUUGGAAUCUGCCUCUUUAAGUUAAUGGGCAUAUAUGCUUCUUGAAGGGUCAAGUUUUUGUAGCGUUUUCUUCACAUUAAGAAGCUGGAAUUAGUGUGUUCUAUCAUUUAUGUGCGUUUGAGCAAUUUGGAGACGGUAACUGUUAAUUGUAAAGAAUGGGUGGGGGUAGAAGAAAGAAGCAUCAUUUUAGCAGAAUCCAUGCCUUUACAUGUGGGAAGGCUUCUUUCAAAGAAGAUCAUUCUCUUAUCGGAGGACCCGGGUUCUCACGGGUAGUGCAUUGCAAUGAGCCUGAGUGUUUUGAGUCUAGUUUGCGCAAUUAUGGAAGCAAUUACAUUAGUACUACUAAGUAUACUCUUGCAACGUUCUUCCCUAAAUCGCUGUUCGAGCAAUUUAGGCGUGUGGCAAACUUUUAUUUCCUUGUCUGUGCCAUACUGUCUUUCACGCCGCUGUCUCCCUACACUGCAGUCAGUAAUGUGGUUCCUCUUGUUGUUGUUAUUGGGGCUACAAUGGGAAAAGAGUUGGUUGAAGAUUUUAAGCGAAAAAGGCAGGAUAUUGAAGUCAAUAACCGGAAGGUUAAAGUGCAUUGUGGGGAUGGUCAUUUUGAAUCUACAAAAUGGUUGGAUUUGAGAGUUGGGGACAUAGUAAAAGUGGAAAAGGAUGAGUUUUUUCCAGCUGAUCUUAUCUUACUUUCAUCGAGUUAUGUCGAAGGUACUUGCUAUGUUGAAACCAUGAACCUUGAUGGAGAAACGAAUUUGAAAAUUAAACAAGCAUUAGAUUCAACUUUAAAUCUUCAAGAGGACUCUAGCUUUCAAGAUUUCAAGUCUUUAAUAAGAUGUGAAGAUCCAAAUGCGAAUUUGUAUUCGUUUAUAGGCAGUUUGGAAGUUGAAGAGCAACAGUAUGCUCUUUCACCUCAGCAGCUUCUGCUUCGAGAUUCGAAGUUAAGAAACACAUAUUUUAUAUAUGGAGUGGUUAUUUUCACCGGUUAUGACACUAAGGUUAUGCAAAAUUCAACACCACCACCUUCCAAGAGAAGCAAAAUCGAGAAGAGGACCGACAAAGUUAUCUAUCUCUUGUUCAUCAUGUUGGUUUUAAUGUCUUUUAUUGGGUCAAUUUUCUUUGGAAUUGCAACAAGUAAAGAUAUUGAAAAUGGGAAGACGAAAAGAUGGUAUCUUAGACCAGAUGACACUACUGUUUAUUAUGAUCCAAAGAAAGCACCAGAAGCGGCUAUAUUGCAUUUUCUGACAGCUCUUAUGUUGUACAGCUAUCUAAUUCCUAUUUCCUUGUAUGUCUCCAUAGAAGUUGUUAAAGUUCUUCAGAGCAUUUUCAUCAACCAAGAUUUGCAUAUGUACUAUGAGGAAGGCGAUAAGCCUGCAAGAGCUCGCACCUCAAAUUUGAAUGAAGAACUCGGCCAAGUUGACACUAUCCUUUCGGAUAAAACAGGAACAUUGACAUGCAACUCAAUGGAAUUUAUCAAGUGUUCUGUGGCUGGGAUUUCCUAUGGCCGUGGCGUAACUGAAGUUGAGAAAGCUAUGGCAACGAGAAAGGGGUCUCCAUUACUUUACGAUGAUGAGAUAGAAACUGAAACGAAAGUUUCCGUGAAAGGGUAUAAUUUUGUGGAUGAAAGAAUUAGUGAUGGUCAUUGGGUAAAUGAAGCUAAUGCAAGUGUAAUCCAGAAGUUCCUUAGAUUACUGGCUGCCUGCCACACUGCAAUACCUGAAAUUGAUGAAGAAACUGGAAAAAUGUCAUAUGAAGCUGAGUCGCCCGAUGAGGCAGCUUUUGUUGUUGCAGCUAGAGAACUUGGAUUUGAAUUCUAUGAAAGAACACAAACAGGCAUCACAUUGCAUGAGUUGGAUCUAGCAACUAACAGCAAAGUCGUAAGAUACUAUCAACUUUUGAAUAUUAUCGAGUUUACGAGCUCUAGAAAGAGGAUGUCUGUGAUUGUAAGAAGUGAAGAGGGGAAGCUGCUACUAUUUUGUAAAGGUGCUGACAGUGUCAUGUUUGAGAGACUUGCAAAGCAUGGAAGAGAGUUUGAAGAGAAAACUAAAGAGCACAUUAAUGGGUAUGCUGAUGCUGGUCUGAGGACUUUGGUUCUCGCAUAUCGCGAGCUUGAUGAAGAAGAGUAUAAUAAGUUCAAUCAGAAGUUUACCGAAGCCAAGAACUUAAUAAGUGCAGAUCGUGAGGAAGUGAUUGAGGAAGUAGCUGCCGGAAUUGAGAGGGAUUUUAAUCUUCUUGGUGCUACUGCUGUUGAGGACAAGCUUCAACAAGGGGUUCCUGAAUGCAUUGACAAGCUUGCACAAGCUGGCAUUAAAAUAUGGGUUUUGACCGGUGAUAAGAUGGAGACUGCUAUUAAUAUUGGUUUCGCCUGUAGUUUGCUUCGGCCAGGAAUGAAACAAAUAACAAUCAGCUCAGAGACUUCAGAAAUCAAAAACCUCCAGAAAAUGGAGGACAAGGAUGCUGCUGCUAAGGCUUUCAAGGAAAGCGUCUUGCGACAAAUAAAUGAGGGGAAGGCAAUUCUGAGUUCAUCAAGUGAAAAUCUUGAGGCAUUGGCGUUGAUCAUUGACGGGAAUUCACUUGUUUAUGCUCUUGAGAGUGAUAUCCAGAAUGAAUUUCUAGAGCUUGCCACCGGAUGUGCAUCUGUCAUAUGCUGCCGUUCAUCUCCUAAACAAAAGGCUCUUGUGACAAGAUUAGUUAAGACAAGAGCAGGUAGUACAACAUUAGCAAUUGGUGAUGGGGCAAAUGAUGUUGGUAUGCUUCAGGAAGCAGAUAUUGGCGUCGGGAUCAGUGGGGUUGAAGGAAUGCAGGCAAUCAUGUCAAGUGACUUUGCAAUUGCACAAUUCCGAUAUUUGGAGCGCCUGCUACUCGUUCAUGGGCAUUGGUGUUACAGAAGGAUAUCAUCAAUGAUAUGCUAUUUCUUUUACAAGAACAUUGCGUUUGGCUUCACUCUCUUCUUUUACGAGGCAUACGCAUCAUUCUCGGGUCAAGCUGUAUACAAUGAUUGGUAUCUGUCUCUUUACAAUGUCUUCUUCACAUCUCUUCCUGUGAUCGCGUUGGGAGUAUUUGAUCAGGAUGUUUCUGCUCGAUAUUGCCUGAAGUUCCCACUAUUAUACCAAGAAGGAGUUCAGAAUGUCCUGUUUCACUGGCAGCGAAUCUUUGGCUGGGCAUUUAAUGGUAUUUUAAGUGCUACCAUAAUCUUUUUCUUCUGCAUUUCUGCAAUGGAGAAUCAAGCUUUUUACAAAGGCGGGAAAGUUGCCGAUAUAGAGAUCCUCGGGGCGACCAUGUACACAUGCGUAGUUUGCGUAGUCAACUGCCAAAUGGCAUUAUCCAUCAAUUACUUCACGUAUAUACAACAUCUCUUCAUCUGGGGUGGGAUUUUGUUCUGGUAUCUAUUCCUCAUGGCUUAUGGAGCUACGGAUCCUUCCAUAUCGACUACUGCCUAUAAGAUCUUCAUCGAAGCCUGUGCACCCGCCCCGUCCUACUGGCUAAUCACAUUUUUUGUGCUGAUCUCUACACUCCUCCCGUAUUUUGCUUACUCAGCCAUCCAAAUGCGGUUCUUUCCAAUAUAUCAUCAGAUGAUACUAUGGUUAAGAAAUGAUGGGCAUACAGAAGACCCUGAAUACUGUAAUGUGAUACGGCAGAGAUCUUUACGGCAUACAACAGUUGGUUAUACUGCCCGUUUUUCAAAACGCGAGCGACUUUAAGAAAAUUGUUGGUGAAAUAAUUUGCACAGAUUUUCUCACUGUACAUAUGUUACACAGAAAAACGGUUGUGUUUUAGUUUGUGCUGUUUUAAAGAAAGCUCGGGCUAGUUGACUUGAUUGGGCGAAAUGAUGCAGCGAAAACUUCCAAGCAUUCAGUGCAGGAGAUUUCUCUCUACAAUGUCAGCACUUUCGGCCAGCAAAAUCGAAUGCUGACGACUUUGCGCAAACGGUGAGAUUGCUUGUUUACGGCCGGAAAGGUGGCGAUUUUGACUUAUGGAACUUAGGAUAUAGGAACGAUGCAUAUCCUUAAUUUGUUCAUUAUGUUGUAUAAUAAUACAUUUCUUCAGCAUACAAAUUUUUGAAAUUUUAUAGGAAUAUAUUGGUGAUGUUUCUCAUAUUGUUUUUGUACAUUAUUAGCAUCAAUAAGAAUCUAAUAAUAUUGUGUUA